AAUCCAUCUCAGUCUGUUAAUACACUCUCUUAAGGCAACAUGAUUUCCAAAACUGUUCUAAUUUUGGCAAUUUAUUUUGCCCACAGCGUAUUUGGUGAAAGUGUCACCCUUUCUCAAGGCGUGGUCAAAGGUUUCCAAGCGAAGUCGCGGUCAUCCAAAGACUAUCAUGGAUUCAAGGGGAUUCCUUAUGGCAAAUUCGAAAAAAGAUUUGAUAUUUCUAAACCUGCCGGAAAUUGGAGUGGGGUUUUUGAUGCCACUUUGGACUAUGAAGGGUGCUUGGAUAUCGGUCUUUUAGGUGCUCCCUCGGGUGUCGAAGAUUGUUUAAAAUUGGACGUUUAUACACCAAACCAUUCAGCCUCUGCGAAAAUGCCAGUUCUCGUGUGGAUUUAUGGAGGUGGAUUCCUCAUCGGAAGCACGAAAGAAUACGGACCAGACUAUUUUAUGGAUGAGGAGGUCCUCCUCGUCCUAAUAAACUAUCGGGUAGGCCCCUUAGGAUUCUUAAAUGCUGGGGUAGCUUCCGCCCGAGGAAACCAAGGCCUUAAGGAUCAAGUCUUAGGGCUCAAAUGGAUUCAAGAAAAUAUCGAAAACUUUGGCGGAAAUAAAGACCGGGUGACAAUUUUUGGCGAGAGUGCUGGCGCCAUCUCGGUCGCCCUUCAUGUCGCCAGUCCCAUGGCGAAAGGCUUGUUUCACUCGGCCAUCGCCCAGUCGGGCACGGCCGUUCAAACCUUCAUCUCAGUUUAUUGGGGGCGAGGUGUGGAUCAAGCGGUGAAAUUGGCGCAGGCGAAUAAUUGCCCGACCAGCAAUAAGGAAUACAUGGUUGAAUGUUUGCAGCACCUUGACCCCAAAAUUUUGGGCAAAAGUAGUCUCAAAAUGGACGAUUUUGGGUUCCUAGCAGACUCUGGGUUUACAACGCCUAGCAUAGAAACGUAUUCGGAUGGGGCUGAUGACCCCAACGUGUACCUGGCAGAAAAUCCUUUGGACGUAUUUAAGGCUGGGAGGUUUAAUAAAGUCCCAAUAAUUAUGGGUUUGAUUGGAUGGGAAUCUUAUGCGGCUGCUUCAACAAUUAUCAAAUCCCACGAGAAAACCCACAAACUGGACGCCCAAUGGGGCCGACACGGAUUGAGGGUGAUGGAAAUUACCCACCAAGCUGAGGAUCCUGCCGAGGCAAUGGUUUCAAUCAAAAAGAAAUUUUUUUCCAAGGGACACAUCACAAAUGAGAGUUUGUGGGAGUUAGAACAAGCUGUGAGUGAAAGGCAGUGGAUCCACCCAUUCAGAGUCCAGGCUGAACUGCUUUCCCACCAUGUUCCCGUUUACCUCUACAAUUUCACGAGAAUUGUGCCAUACAAACCGCUCGGCAUGGAUAUUCCCAUGUUCAGUUAUCUUGUGGAAGAUGGCGCCACUACCAAAAAACCGUCGCAUGGGGAUGACCUUCCCUACGUGUUUAACGUUGGGGGUAUUUUUUCUGCGUUCCUACCAAAUAUUUCGGGGCUUGAGGAGGAAGUUAAUCUUUCCAAGGAUAUGGUGAAGACGUGGGUAAAUUUUGCAAGAGAAGGAAAUUUCGAAACUUGUCCUUGGUCAAAUUGGGAGCCUAUCAGUGGUGAAAAUUUUUAUGAGUCGAAAUAUUUUGAGAUUGGGGACAGCCUUGAUGUGAAAAAGCUCCCAGCAGAGUGGAAAGAACUUGAUGAAUUUUGGGACAGUUUGAAGUUAAAGGAAAUGGGUGGCAAAUGGACCUCUUAAGUUGCAUAAAUGUAAACACAUAAUUAAUUUGGAAAUUGGAAAAAAUAAGCAUAAAUAGCACAACUUGUUAAAAAUUGUUAAAAAAUAAUAAAACAGCUUCAUCAUAUCGUG